UUUAUAUAUAUAUGUAUAUAUAUAUCCAUCGAUUCUGAAUUAUCAUGUCAAAACCAGUAACUGAAUAUAAUCAAAUCAAUAGCAACAAAAAUAAUAAGAAAUGGAUCAUUAUUGACGACAAAUUAUAUGAUGUGUCUGAAUUUUACAAGGAACAUCCUGGAGGUCCUACAGUACUUUUGACACAUAUUGGAAAAGAUGCUUCAGAUGUAUUUCAUGCAAUGCAUCCUGAAUCAGCUUAUGAAAUAUUAGCCAAUUAUUAUAUCGGUGAUUUGAAUGACAAUACGUUAACUAUCCAUCCAAAAAGUGAAGCAUUUGCUAAUGACAUACGACAGCUUCGAGAUCAACUUGAACAACAAGGUUAUUUUGAAGCAAGCAAACUUUUUUAUCUUUAUAAGAUGGUCUCUACACUUGGACUUUGUUUUGUAUCUAUGAUAAUCUUGUAUCUUUAUGGUCGACAAUCUUCAUUAGCUAUUGUAAUUUCUGCUUUUCUUUUGGGUGUCUUUUGGCAACAAUGUGGAUGGUUAUCUCAUGAUUUUGGUCAUCAUCAAGUAUUUACUCAACGUGUAUGGAAUGAUAUGGUUCUUAUCUUCUUGGGAAACUUUUGUCAAGGAUUUGCUUUAUCAUGGUGGAAAAACAAACAUAAUACACAUCAUGCAAGUACUAAUAUCAGUGGUCAUGAUCCUGAUAUUGACACUGCUCCAAUAUUAUUAUGGGAUGAAUACGCAUCGGCCAAUUACUAUGAAGCACUUGGAGGCAAACAAGAAAAAGGUUCGGGUGGUAUGAUCAAUCGAUUUUUCGCAGAGAAUGUGCUCCCACAUCAAACCCGGUACUUUUUUUUUGUCCUUGGUUUUGCACGUGCUUCUUGGGCUCUUCAAUCACUACUUCAUAUCUUCCGUCUUGGUGCCAUCAAUAAAUCUACUUCUCUACGAAUAUAUGAAACUGUCUGCUUGAUACUUCAUUGGGGUCUGUUUAUUUUGGUCACUAUACAAUGGAUUGAUUCUCUACGUAAUAGGAUAUUAUUCUUUGUCCUGAGUCAAUCCAUCAGUGGAUAUAUGUUAGCCAUCGUCUUUGCAUUGAAUCACAAUGGUAUGCCAGUCAUCAGUCAAGAACAAGCGGAAUCCUUGGCAUUUUUUGAAAUUCAAGUCAUCACAGGUCGAGAUGUCAAAAUGGGUUGUCUGGGUGAUUGGUUUAUGGGUGGAUUGAACUAUCAAAUUGAACAUCAUGUGUUUCCUACUUUACCUCGACAUCGUUUAGCAGAUAUCCAGCCCAAGGUAGAAGCGAUCAGUAGAAAACAUGGUAUUCAAUAUCAUACAACAACAUUUAUGCAAGGAUCUUUGGAGGUACUGAAGGCUUUGGAUAUAGCUCAAAAAAUGUCAAGAAAUCUCAUCAAGAAAUCAAUGUAGUAGUUUAGUUUCAGUUAUUAUAGUUAUUUUUGACCAAUAAAACUUGUUCUAAUUGAAUGAUAUAUUUUUGACC